AUGUCUCAACACAGUGAUUCUAAUCCUGGCGAUAUACAGGAUAGGAACAACGAACAACGUCCGGGUGGAGGUCCACCUGGAAAUGCCGUCCUAAACGGAACUAUGAACCCCGCGGGUGCGGACGCAAGUUCGGCCAUUGACCGACUUACGUUACGCACAAGCGCAUGUGACAUACCAAUAUUUGACGGAAAAACUCCCCCCCUGCGAGAUUUCGUGCAGGCAGUAAAACGAGCCGGAAUUUUUAUCACCGACGUAGCGGAACCCGAAUAUAUCCGGGCAGUCCUUAGUAGGUUAGAUGGCCAGGCUUAUGCUAGCUUGACAAUUAAACAAAAACAAACCGAAAUUGCGCAUGACUACCAUGACAGACUCCAAGACUUAAUUAAUGGGGCUAGACAUGCCCUGAAACCAAAAUAUAAUAAAUUGUUCCGGGAAAUAACAAAUGAUGAAAGGGACAUUAGGCGGAGAGAAUGCGAUAUUAUCCUCCAACCGAUUAGAGAUUGCGCGCUCGAUGCUUUUGUCAAGGGAUUACCUACCGAAAUAUCAAAAUUCGUGGAUGCCCGUAAUCCUCACAACAUGGAGGAGGCUUUGGAGUAUGCGCUCCAUGCGGAGGAACGUGAAAAUUAUUCGGAAAGACCACGUUCCACUUCAUAUCACAUUAAUAAGAUAGAAGAAAGACCCCGCCCCCCCAGUCCAUACUCUAAACAAUUGGAACAACAUAACUCAGGGGGAAAAAGAAGACCUGAUCCAGGACGGGAACCUGCGUCCCAUGCUUCCUCCUCUUCACACCACAGAUCCUCAGACGUACUCCAUCUCACUCCUGAGCAAUUGGGUCAGUUCUACAGACGCGACAGCGAGCCCGACCCCCCAGCGUCCGAGGAAUGUACAGUUCGCCGAGAACACUGUCGGUUCUCUACAACAGGAGCAGCGGCCCAGGACUCCCCAGUAGUUCUACUACAGGCCCCAGAAUUCAAGCAUGACAAGGUUCAAUUCCUUGUAGACCCAGGGUCAGAUUCGAAUCUGGUUAAACUAUGUGUUUUGAACCCUGAACUCACACUUGUCAAGGACAAGUGCAUUGAGAUUUCCGGGAUAACAAAUCACGUGGUAACAACACUGGGAACGGUUAGCUUAACUAUUUCCAGCAACCCUGUGGAAUUUCAUGUGGUUCGAGAUAGCUUUCCUAUUUCCACACAUGGGAUACUCGGAAGACCAUACUUACGGAAAGAACAGGCGCAAAUUUCCUUUAGGCACAAUACCUUGGUAACAGUGUCUAACCCAGUGACCCCUAUCCCCUUUAUUGAUAAGGAAUCACUGGAAGCCAGGAAAGCCCUGAGGUCUGAAAUUAAACCUUUCACGCGAAUUCUGCGUAUUCAAUCUCGAACACGAACUCCUGUGGCCAUUGAUGUCAUAACCUCUGACCUUAAGCAGGGAUAUCUUCCCCGAAUAGAGACUCCCACUGGACUCUACCUAGGUGAAGCCAUUGUCACAAAUAACAAUGGCGUCUGUCACGCAAUGGUAAUAAAUACCACCGAGGAAGAUAUUAAUGUACGCAUCCCCCCCCAAGAACUAAUUCCCUUCGAUUUCUGUAAAUUCCCGGGAGAGGAACCAACGGAUUCAGAGAAUGACACUCCUGACCCCGGACAGUGCCCGACUUAUGCAGAUAGAGUUAUAAAGGUAAAAAAUGCACUGUUUUUGAACCACCUAGCUCCUGACGAUCACAAUAAAGUCAUACACAAAAAACAGUAUAGGUCCCCGUUCGAAGCAUUAGAUCAAAUUGACGUUCAGUUAAAGAAACAAUUCGAUAGCGGUAUCAUCGGGCAUUCUAACUCCCCUUAUAAUGCACCCCUUUUAAUAGUACCGAAAAAAAUGGAUGCAUCGGGCGAAAAGAAAUGGCGAGUCGUAGUAGACUAUAGGGCUCUAAACGACAGUAUUAUAGGUGACGCUUUUCCGCUUCCGAGUAUAAAUUAAGUAUUUGACCGACUCGGAAGUGCACGGUACUUUACCGUGUUCGAUUUAGCGAGCGGUUUCCACCAGGUGGAAACUCACCCCGAGGACAGGCAUAAAACUGCUUUCUCCUCGCGAAACGGACAUUUCGAAUAUAAGCGAAUGCCCAUGGGAAUAAAAAACGCACCCCCUACUUUCCAAAGGUUGCUCAAUAGUGUCCUAAACACGAUGCAAGAUUCUGAAGCAUUCGUGUAC